GGCAACCCUUCGCAUGCGACUGACGAAUAUAAAAUGCAAACUUAAUAUACAACCGCACUACAACUCGGGGUACUUCAGACAGGCGCUGACGUACAAUCAACAAAUUCCUGCAAACUUCUAAAACAUAAACGAACGAUGACGGCGCAUGGUCUCCGUCCUUACCAAAGGGCAGACUUCCAUAUUUCUCCGUACAGACGGGAGCGACGCGGUUAUUUUAGUAUCGCCUUGGAUUUCAGUUAUUUAACAGACGUGAUAUGGGAAAAGGACACUAGAAUUAUUAUUCGUUCCGGCGAUAAAACCAGUAUUGUGGACUCCCCUUUUCGACUUCUCGCACGUGCAAAGAAAGAACGUGGCUUUCAUCCCGUGGAUUUGGUUGAACUAACGGCUGACAGGGGAUAUCUCUUAUGGACCAAUCCAAGAGGCUCCAUUGAGGUGAAAUUUAAGUACGGCAAAACAGGAGAUGAUUUUAGAUGUUUUAUCGACCCGCAAUACCAGGGAGUGAAGAUUUAUGAAUUGAAGGGCUACAAAAAAGAAAUGAUUAUCGAUGGAAGAGAAGCAGUAACAAAGAGCAGAAAUUCCCAUCACAUGCCGAAAAGUCCUGCAAGACACAGAGAAAAUAAUUUCGAGUUUCGAUCACGGGAUGGCGAGGUGACGUUGUUACUGGAGGCGUGUAGGGAGUACAAUGUUCCAAAAUCACAAGCCUUUAAAUUUAACUAUGUCUUAGCUUUGUAAAAAUGGACAUUUUUGUAUGGAUUCAAAAACUUGUCCUUUUCAUCCAGUCAAUUCUUUCCUUUGACAAAUAUAUGAAAUGUACUGAUUUAGCAGCUGCAGGUUGUCCACAUCCACUGUGUGGAGAUGUAUUUGUUCUUUUAUAUUUGUUUAUUUGAUAAAAUCUUCAGUAUUUGUAAAACUGUUUCAGAUAUUAUUGGCUAAUGUGAUGUACUUUACUGAUGUAUUAUACUCACCCUGACCUUUUUUUAGCAUGUUAUUUUAGCUAAGUUCGAGCUAAUCCAAAAGAAACAUAUUUUCACAGACAGAUAUUUUGUUACUUCGUGCAUUGACUCGAAUUCACUAAUAAUAACAUGUAGCUAUCUCACAAAAUAUUGGUCACGUGGUUCAGUUAGGAGUUGCCGAAAAGUGUAAGAUAAAUGACGAUAUAUUGUUUAUUCACAAUAAAUGACACACAUGUAAUUAUGAAAUAGAUCACACUUCAGCCUGAUUUAUUAGUUUAUUAUUAGUACUGGCACUGUAUUUCAUUAACACGUUUUUUUUUAACAGCGAUACUAACGGUCAUUCUGUGAGUUACCGUUCUUUGUUUUUAUACACAUUCAAAUAUUUUUUUAUGAAGUGCUUUGCUUGCCAUAAUACACUGAACACUAUUGAAACAAUUAUGGUAUACUUACAAUUUACAUACUUUAUAACUUGUUUGAUGCUUCUAGAAUUUUCUGUAAAAAUGUUUAUACUAUUUCGUACUUAAACUUUGUAUUUAUUAUCACUUAUUUUUAUA